AUGGACUGGGGCUGGACUGGGCCGGGGCGAGGGCGGGGCGAGAGCUGGGAGGGGCCAGAAGGGAGCGAGGCCCAGCCAGGGCGGAUCAGGGGCGGGCCCCGGCCCGAGAGGCUGCGAGUAGGCCAGGACUACGGAGGGGCGGGAGCUAGGACGAGAGGGGGCGGGGACGCAGAGGGGCGGCUCCGGGGCGAUUGGCCCCGAAGGCAGAUCGAGUACUGGCGGGGCGGAGGGCGAGGAGACAGAGGCGGGGUUAGAGCGGGUUGGGGCGGGAGUGAGGGCGGGGACGAGGCUGGAGUGAGCGAUGAGGGAGAAGGGGUGAAGCCAUGCUGGAGCCGAGCGGGACGAGGACUGGGAUGGAGGCGGGGUCAGAACACAGAGCGGGGUCCCGAGGCGAGACGGAGCAGAAUGGGCGGGGCUAGAGCGGAGCUAGAGCGGAUGGGGGCGGGGAUAGAAGUGACCAAGGCAGGCCUGAGCUUAAGAGGCGGGGCCAUGAGAGAGUUUGGCCGCGGGAGUCGUGGUCCGGGUGGGCGACAGGGCAGGAGGGGUGGAGCCAUGUGGGACGAGGGCUGGGCUGGAGACGGGGCCAGAACCCAGGGCGGGGGGCGGGCCGAGUAA